AUGAAUUAGGAAUAAUGUGAAUAAUAGUAUGACUAUGAACUUAACUUUGAAUAUUUGGGAAAUUGUAGAAUUACUUAUGAAAAUUACACUCCUACAUAAGAAGAAGAAGUGAAAUUAAGUGAUUUGGAUUCCUAAUUUUUAGAUAAUUUCAAGAUUGAAGAUGACUCUAAAUAUUUUUUAUAUAAAGUAGAAUCAGAUGAUUCAUAUUUUGGACUUGAACUUAAAUUUAAUGUUAGGUAUUUAAGUUUGUAAUAGAAGUGCAGAUUAAUUGAUGUAAAUUAAUCAAAUUUCAGAAAAUUCCUUAUAUGAAGGAAUAACUAUAAAAAUACCAAGAAAACAAUCCGUGCCAAGUUAUGAAUAAAUUAAAAACUAGGAAUAGAAACAAGAAAACUUGUUAGAUUCGUUUUAAUAUACCUAUAAUAAAUUUUUUGAUAUUAAUUAUGUUACAACUUUAGGUUACAUAAAAGGAAAAUUAACAGUCCAUGAAGAUGUAUUGUUUUUUGAUCCUGAUUAUAAUAAUCUAGGGAAUGAAAAAAUAAUGUAGGAAGCAAAAUUAAAAAAUGUAUAAUAAUUACAAUUUUAAAUCCUAUUAAAAAAUGUCAUAAAGGUAACAAAAAGAGAAUUUCCAGCAUGUAUUUAAUUAGGCAGUAAAGAAAUCUUUAAGAUGCAUUUUAUAGAAAUCCAUCUAUAAACUAAACGGUCCAAAGUUGCCUUAAUAUAAUUAAUUGAUGUUGAAUAAUUAAGUGAAUUGAUGGAUUCAAUUAAUUCUGUUUUGGUGUCAUAUUUUCCUCCUACUCCAAAUAAAAUAAUAGAGACUCCAACAAAACCUUAAUUGAAAACUUUACUUCCUUUUUACUAUAAUAAUGAUCAAAAAUUAGAAUAAAAUAUUCAAUUAGCAUUUGAAAGUAUUAUUAUAAAUAUAAAUGAUAAGAGCUGAUGGGUUCGAAUUCAUUCAUUUCUUAUUUAAAUUCAGAAUCUGAAAUUAUUGAUUAGACUAUUUUUAUGAUGGUAGCCUGUUAUAUUCCAACUAUUUUUAAAUCAUAAAGAUGGACAUUAUUAUAUUCAUCAACAUUAAAUGGAUCAUCAAUUAAAACUUUGAUGAGAAAUACUUAAUAUAGUUAACCUGUUGUUUUAUUUAUUAGAGAUUUAGAUAAAUAUUUAUUUGGAGCUUAUUUGUCUGAUGGUAUUCAAAAAAGUCAAGAUCAUUUUUAUGGAACUGGUGAAUCAUUUUUAUUUACAUUUAAGAAUACUUAAUCUUUAACUGUUUAUAAUUGGAUAAAUUAGAAUAAUUUUAUAACUUUAUGUGAUGAAAAUGGAUUAGCAAUAGGAUGUGGUGAUAAAUAUGGAUUAUAUGUUGAUUCUGAAAUUUAUCAUGGGUAUUCUCAUUAUUGUGAAACUUUUGGAAAUGAAGUAUUAUCUAGUAAAGAGAAUUUUGUAAUCAAUAGAAUGGAAAUAUGGGGAAUAAUUUAAGGUUGA